GGGGGGGACUGGUGUGAGUGACAGAGCACCAAAAGUAUGGAGUGGAACUCUCUGUUACUCCUCCUGGAAGCAGCCGAGUACUUGGAGAGAAGAGACCGAGAAGCCGAACACGGCUACGCGUCGGUGCUGCCCUUCGACAGCGAGUAUUCCAGGAAAAAAACAAAGACGGCCGCCUUGGCCAGGAAAUCUCAGAAUAACAGGUCUUCACACAACGAGCUAGAGAAGCAUAGACGAGCCAAACUGCGGUUGUAUUUGGAACAGCUCAAGCAGCUUGUGCCCCUGGGGCCCGACAGCACCCGCCACACGACCCUCAGCCUUUUGAAAAGAGCCAGGAUGCACAUCAAGAAAUUGGAAGAACAGGACCGGAAAGCCCUGAACGUGAAGGAACAGCUGCAGCGUGAGCACCGCUACCUCAAACGCCGCCUGGAGCAGCUCUCGGUGCAGGGAAUGGAACGUGUGCGCACUGACAGCACUGGCUCGACCAUCUCCACGGACUCGGAGCAAGAAGUGGACAUUGAAGGAAUGGAGUUCACCCCCGGGGAAAUGGACAGUGUUGGGAGUGCCAGUGAUGCCGAUGACCACUACAGUUUGGGCAGCGGCUCCAGUGACAGCAGCUACUCCCAUUCCCGCAGACUGUCGGGCCGGCUCUCGUAGGGCCCAAGCGAGCACCCCCGACCCCGUCCACCUCCGGAGCAUCCAACUGAAGCACUUAGACCGAUGGCUGAUUCCACCCGUGUCCACUGCGGCUCUCCCAGGAAACUCCAACCACUGGCCUCUGCUGAAGAAGCGGGGGCUUUGAACCCCUGGUUCCCUGCCCUGGGACCACACCAAGUAGCUCUUGUCAACCCCGGUUUUUACUGCAGAGAUCCGUGGUUAGGUACAGUUGUGACUUAAAGUUAGCUUGAUGUAGCUGUAACUAUAAUUUUUUUUAAAAAGUCAUAAUCAUUCCAUUGAAGAAGUAUUAAAUGUAAUUGCUGGAAACAUGCAUGACGGUGUAAGAAGUUUAAUAAGAAACAAAAGCAAACCAAAAAUCAGGAGAAUGAAAGAAACCAAGAGAGACCCCUUGGAAAUCUUGAAAAGUGACUGGACUUGUUGAUGCUGGGAUUGUGGGCCAGCUCCUCCCUGGGGGAGGGGAAGAUGCCCCAACAGCACCUACUAGCCUAUUAGUGUUCUGGAAGCUUUGUUUGCCCUUGAGAAAUGAUGAACAGUGGGUCAUGGCCAACUUAAGCCAAUGUAGUAGAGAGAGGUAGAACCCCCUCCUCUCAAUCCCACCCUACUUUGAUUCACUCUCUAAAAUGAGGUUUGCUCUGAGGUCUCUCCCUAUUCACUAGUGACCACUGUGCUUCAGACUGGGUGGAUGGAAAGCCAGGUUGAAGAAUGACUUCAGGUGGGAUGUUGAGUCACCUUUGGCUUUGCGCAUUCAGCAUCCUAUUGGCAGCAAAGCUCUCUUUUUGUCUGGUUGGCGGGGGCUGGGUGGCCUCGUGUGUGAGCUCCCAAAGAGACCCCUGGGGAGCAGCCCCACUUCCUUCCUGAUAUGGCUCUCGGCUAAUCCUCCAGAGCUCGGAGACUCCGAGUUAGUGCCAGCUCUUGGAGACAGAGGCCUGGGGAAGGUGGGUAGGUCCCUUCUCUUUUCCUCUUUUUUUUUUUUUUUUUUUUUGCGGCCACUAUCUUUGGUGGGAAAGGCCCAGCUCCUAUUUCCAGUAUUCUGUUAGAGGAUGAGUAAAAUCAGUUUUCUCCUUUUGCACACCAUGUAACAGCAUUUUUCUCCUCUUAAAAAAUGCAAAAAAAAAAAAAGUUAUGCUUAAAACAACCCAACUUAUAUAGCAUUUGUCCAGCUUUUCCAAACAUAUUUACUUAUGUUGUAGCAAUACUAUGAAGAUGUAUUUUUAAUACAAAUUCUGCUUAGUGAAGUCAGUAGGGCUUGGCUUGCUGGGUAAGAAAAAAAUGGACCAGUCUUUGCAUUAGUAUUAGCAAAGGUCUUUUCAAAAAAACAAAAACAAAAACAAAAAAACAAAAAAAGAAAGAAAAUGGCUCUAAACACUUUUAGAUAAGUGGUUUUAGCAAGUGUAGUCUAUAUUUCCUGUAAGAGAUUUUGUAUUAUAUUUUCCUAAAUGUUCUCAUUUCCUUGCAUUGGGAGGGAGUGGUGCAGACCCAGAGUCCCAGGGACUCUUCACCGUUGUCAUAUCGUGCCUUGGUGACUGUGUGUGUGUGUGUCCCUCUCUUGGCAUUGUUCAAAAGACAGUGAAGCCUGGCCAGGUGAGUAAGUGGUUUCCUCUGUGGGCCUCCAUGUGAGCGAUCAGGUCUCCCUCAAUCUCCCCUCCCAGGAAUUAGCCAGGGCUGGGGACCUCUUCCUCUCCUCCUGCUGCAUCCCUCUGCAGUGGGGAUGGCGGGAUGGGAGGGAGUGGAGGGAUCCCUUUCUAGCUCCUUUUCUUAAGCGCACACACAGCCCUGUUAUUGGAGUGGCUUAUAAAGCUGGGAUCUCUGUGAGACAGAAACUCAUUGGCUUCUGAAACAAGAGCACAUUACUGUACUGUAUCACAUCCUAGAACUUGUCACGGUGCUGCCAUCUUGGAUUUAUUUUUUUGUAGUGUUUGAGCAGUCCUUAGAAUAUUGACCCUUAGUCCUCAAACAAAGACCCAGCUGUUCAUUCAGCACCCAACGUACGUGUCCUCCCAUUGCUCUUACAGUACAGGAUGUAGAAACCUGAAGACAUUUUAUGGCAGCUUUUUUUUUUUUUUUGGAGGGGUGGUGCCUCGUUGCACUCUUACCACAGGGGAAUCUUGAUAACAAGGGAAAGGUCCCCUUUGAGUUAUGUAACCUGACUCAUAGGCACCCCUUCCAUCAGUUCGGGAGGAAGGGCUCUGGGUCAUCAACUUUGGCAGCUGAUUCUGAAAACCAUUAACCUUUUCUGUGAUGCAGGUUUUGGUAUUAUGUUCAAUAUACCUUGCAGAUGACUAAAAUUCUCUUUUGUCAGGGGAAAAAAUACACAGCAAUAGACUUAUAUUGUGGGUAGCUGAGAAACAGCAAAACUUUACUAGCUCCUUUGGUGCCUCUAUAACUAAUUUCCUAAUCAUGGAAACAAAAUCAUGAGUUUACUUCAAGUAACAUGCAUGACUGUUAGGCAGGUCAUCCACAGUGAGGUUUGGAUCAACUGUUGCUGUUCAUUCGUUCUAUAAUGAGCAUGCUCCUGAAUUGUAAAGUGUUUCCUUUCCUGAGACCCUCUUGCACAGAACCUGCUAAUAAAUGAAAAUUUUAAAUUAACAGAAGGAUGGGUGAGAUUUUAAAAAAAUGAAUGUGAUUGUUAUUGAAUGAGAAUUUGAAAUAUUUCCUUCUCUGUGUCCCUUCCACACACAUCCCCUCUGCCCCCAACAAGAAUGUGUAGACACUGAUGCAGAGAGAUCUCGCAAACCCAAUUGUCCUGGCUUUAUCAAUACUUCACAAAUACUGCCAAGCCAGGAAGACAGAGUUGCGAGAGUGUCUCUCUCCCCUCCUACUCAUUUCUCUCUUAAUGCCCAGCUGGUUCCCAAAGAGAGAGAGAGAGAGAAUUCCAAAGCUUCUCAAUCCAAGCCCAUCCUGUAGUCACCAGGUCAUAGCAGGGCACAGCAAAUGUGGAGCAGAAAUUGUUUUUCCCCCUUUGGAAGCUGGUUAUUAAUUUGGGCAACCCCUUGCCCUGCCAUGAUUUGGCAACUGGGGUUCCCCCAACUUUUUUGUUGUUUGGAUUUCUAACAUUUUUGCUUAGCAAUGGUAUGGAGGUGGUGGGUCCAAUAGACAGACAAUUCAGGAGUGAUUCUGUCUUGUUGGGCUUAGAAUUUUCUAGAAAUAAUUUUAAUUAUAAAAGAAUACAUUAGUCUGGCAUUUGAAAAUUGAAUGUAACUGAUUACAUACCCUCUCUCUCCCCUUUGCCCAUAUUUUCAAGUGUUGUUUACCACUCACUAUUUGUGUGACUUUGGGAAACUCAUUCCACUUCUAGGGUUUAGCUGUCUCAUCUGUAAAACUGAGGACUCCAUGCCCUCAAAGGUUCCUUCCAGUUUGACAACCCUCUGACCCCUUGUCUCUUUCUGCCAUCUGGUCCCCAGAAGCAGGGAUGGCCUGCGGGAAGUGUAGCUUGGCCUCAAAUACAGCAGUUGAAUUAUACCAGGACACUUUCCUCCAAAGGUCUGUCAAUACCUGGGUUAACCAGCACAGGAGAGGAAGCCCUGUUGGCUGUAAGGGUCUUGGGGUUCCAUAGCCCAAACCAUCCCUUACAUAACACUCUGGAAAUGAGUGGGCUCAAAAAAAAUUGGUUGCCAUUUGCACAAAUGCUAGGAAAAGGCAUGAUUGCCAAGACAGUGAUUGUCAGUGUAACCCCAACUUCUCUGAAUAGUUUUGUGACAUGGCUGCAAACUCACUUUAGUAAAAUAUACAGGUGCUCAGGAUACAGAAUUUUCAGAUUUGAUCAUGAAUCAUGACUGCAUUAAUUUUUUUUUCUUUCUGGUCAGUUUUUACCAAAUCCAUUUAUCUUAAUCAAUGAACCAAAUUAUAAAGCCAUGUGUAAGAACACAGAGGGAUUAAGAUCCUCCCAUGCUCACCUCUCUUACCCACAUGAAAGGAUGCCUGGGCACACAGUGAACAAGGAGGCUGAGCAGACAGUGCCGUAGGGCAGGUCUCACUGCCCUCAGCAUAGUCUGUGCUUACUCAGAGUGUUCCAUUUUUCUGGUUUCCUUAAUCACCACCUACUAUCGUCUUCUUCCAAUAUAUUUUCUCUGGGUAAAAUAGAAAUUCCCCCAGUCACCCAAGCUGCAAUCCAGAGAGAGAGAGCACUUGCCAUUGCACAGACAUCUAGAUCUCAAACAUCAGUGAAGGAAGUGCCUCAGAUGUGGUCUUCUUUAGGGAACCUCUUCCCAAGGUGGAUUUUGGAGUGCGUUAGUGUGAUAAUAUAGGACUCAUCCUUUCCCAUCUUUUCAGAGCAGACUAGGAGAGAGGAAACAACAUCUCACUUUUAUGUUUUUAAAGUGGUCCCUUUUAAAAGGAGGUUCAUGGUCAGUAUAAAAUCUAGUUUGCUCCAUUAUCCAAUCUGGGUACCCUUUUUCUGGCUACUCUUCUUACAAAGGGGACCAGGGUCCAGGGACAAAGAAAGUUCAUGGCUAGUGUGUCUCCAUUAGGUUGAACUAGAUUAACUCUUAGGGCCCUGUCAGCUCCAAAGUCUUGGGUUUCUAUGUGAGAGAUACAGAAAAUCACCUCCCAGUAGAGACAAGAAGCUUGGGAAUGGAAACUCUCAAGAGACCAUCAUUGGCUAGCUUGGUUAGCUAAAGGAUAUCCUUGCAGACCCCUACCCCACAGCUAUGUGAAGGGUCCUGGACCAGCAGUCCUUCAUCCUCCAAAACUGUACAGUCUCAUAUAUAUAUAUAUAUAAAGGAGGCCAAAAGAAAUCAUCACUGAGGCUUCUCAAUGGAGAGAGGGGCCGUGUUGAUGAAGGAGCCACACCAGAGGUGCUGUGUGGAGUGGGGGGGAAAAGGGGAAUCACUUGACUGGGCAUUUCUUGAGGUGCCCUGGGCAGGUUCUGUGCCAGAGAUAUUUUGAAUAUGUAACUGAGAAGGAACGCUUUGUAGGUGGCAAGAUGUAUUAUAUUGUAAAGAUUCAUUUGUACACACGUUCCUGGUGCUUGCUGCUGCUGGUGGCUCCACCAAAGGUAUUGUGUUGUAUCUGUCUUUCAUUGUAAUAUAAAUACAAAUUUUUAUACCUCA